CAUAGUUAGUCUCAGAUUCCAAAUGUCGCCAGCCCAGGGUCGAAAAUCUCUUAUACAAACAUGGUCGAUGUAAGAUUUUCAUGUAUCAUUAAAUUAGUUAUUUUUAAUGUUCUUCCAAUAUCCUUGACCAUGAAGCCAAGGAUUGUCUGGCUAUGCUCCUUCCUCUUCUUCCUCGGAACAAUUUUCUUCUCUCCCUCCAUUGCAAGCGACACCCUGACCGUCUCCACUCCUCUCCUCGACGCCAACAGAACAACCUUGAUCUCCGACGGCGGCAGAUUCGAGCUUGGAUUCUUCAGCCCCGUCGGCUCCAACAACCGCUACGUAGGCCUAUGGUACCACAGCAUCUCCGACAACCAAACCGUUAUAUGGGUCGCCAACCGAAAGAGUCCGGUCACCGAUCGCUCCGGCCGUCUCUCUCUCACCAGCGACGGAGUACUCACGAUCACCGACGGAAACUCAACCGUCGUUUGGUCCUCCGAUUCGCAGACAGCUCUAGAGAACCCCGUGGCGAAACUCCUUAACACAGGAAACUUCAUCGUCCGAGAGGCCAGAGCUGCAGAUUCCGACGGUGCGUGGCAGAGCUUUGAGUUUCCCGCCGACACGUACAUCCCGGGCAUGAAGCUGGGGUGGAAUCUGACGAGCGGGCGCAACUACAACAUUACGGCGUGGACGAGCGAGAGCGAUCCGUCACCGAGCAAUUACGCGAUCGCCAUCGACUACCACGGCCAGGCGGUUAUAAUGGAUGGCCAGCUACUGCACUGGCGAGGCGGCCCAUGGAACGGCUUUCGGUUCAGCGGCGCCGAGGGGAUGCAACGCGACAACACCCUCGGCAUAAGCUUCGACUACGUGACCGGACCCGACCAUGUCUUCUUCUCCGAGUACUUGAUUGACCCCUCGGUCAUCGACCGGCUCGUGAUCAACACCUCCGGCACACUGCAGCACUUCAUCUGGAUCCAAGCCAAGCAGCUGUGGACGUUCGUGGGGUUCCAGCCCCAUGACGAGUGCGACAGCGUGGCCCGGUGCGGCCCCAACGGCGUGUGCCACCCCGAAGGGUCGACGCUGUGCAAGUGCCUGCAGGGGUUCACCCCUCGGAACAACAGCGGGGGACUGGACGGCUGCGUCAGGAUCACGGCGUUGGACUGCGUCAACGGCACGGACGGGUUCGCGAGGCAGAGCAGCGUGAAGCUGCCGGACACCUCGACGGCGUCGGUGGACUGGAGCGCGGUGAGCCUGGAGGAGUGCAGACUCCGGUGCCUGCGGAACUGCUCCUGCACCGGCUACGCGCAGGCCAACCUCAGCGGCAGCGGCAGUGGGUGCGUGCUCUGGUCGACCGAUCUGACGGAUAUCAAAUUCUACGAAGGCGGAACGGGGCAGGAUCUCUUCGUCAGAGUAGCAGCAGCCGACCUCAUCAUCAGUGAGUUCGAUACAUGCAGUUUGUCCUAUCACAAUUUUUCCUCCAAUGAUCUCGCCGUUUCAUGCUCAGGCACGGAGAGGAAGCACGGCCAUUGGAGCCCUGCGGUCGUCGUCAUUGACAUUGUGGUCCCGGCUCUGGCUAUUUUCCUUGUGGUAUUCGUUGUUUAUUGCCUUUGCAGGAGGAAGAAGGAACACGGCAAGUACUUUGAUGAUGACACAGAAGAAACGGACUUGGAUCUACCACUCUUCGAUCUAGACACUAUUUUAGAAGCCACCCAAAACUUCUCGCCCAGCAACAAACUCGGACAGGGAGGCUACGGGCCAGUGUACAAGGGCAAGUUCAAGGAUGACGGGCAAGAGAUAGCUGUGAAGAGGCUCUCCGAGACGUCGAGUCAGGGUGCCAAUGAGUUCAAGAACGAGGUAAUGGUGAUUGCUAAGCUACAACAUCGAAACCUCGUUCGACUUCUGGGAUGUUGCAUUCAAGGGAGGGAAAGGAUGUUGAUCUACGAGUUCAUGCCUAACGGAAGCUUGGAUGCCCUUCUAUUCGAUCCAACAAAGAGUGAGACGUUGGAUUGGAAAACACGACACAAUAUCAUAGUUGGGAUUGCACGAGGACUUUUGUAUUUGCACCAUGAUUCUAGGUUAAGAAUCAUCCAUCGGGACCUCAAAGCUAGUAACGUUCUUCUUGACAAGGAUAUGAAUCCUAAAAUAUCAGACUUUGGAAUCGCGAGGAUAUUUGGAGGCGAUGAUACAGAAGUUAAUACAAUGAGAGUUGUCGGAACCUAUGGAUAUAUGUCACCUGAAUAUGCCAUGAAUGGAAUAUUCUCAAUUAAAUCUGAUGUAUUUAGUUUUGGAAUAUUGACACUCGAGAUUAUAAGCGGUAAAAAGAAUAGAGGUGUUUUUGACUCUUCAUCCCCAGUAAAUCUUCUUGAUCAUGUUUGGAACUUGUGGAAGGAAGGUAAAGCAUUGAACCUAGUCGAUAAAUCAAUUGGAGAUUCAUUUCCAACAACCGAGGUAUUGAGUUGCAUAAAAAUUGGGCUUUUAUGUGUUCAAGAGCUACCGGAGGACAGACCGACGAUGAAUACCCUGUUGAAAAUGCUGGACACUGAUAUUUCUCUUUUACCGGAGCCUACUCAGCCUGGAUUUGUGAAUUUAAGAGGUCUAUUCGACACCGAAUCCUCAUCGACAAACAGAUCGAACAUCUCCAAGAAUACUGUUUCACAUACAUUGUUUGAAGGUCGUUAAUGGAUGCUCACUGUUUCAUUUAAGGGUGGCUCAAAUUUGAAAAAUCGAAUGUGUACUAUUUCAUAUAAGAAUUAGAAAGAGUAACUGAAGCGAUUUGAAUUCAGAAUUUUAAAGAUUUAAGUUCAUGUAGAAAGAAAAAGCUCUCUUCUCUGAAUGA